AUGGGAAAGGUAUCCAAGGCUGAUAAGAAGAUCGCUUACGAUCAGAAACUCUGCCAGCUUCUCGACGACUACAUGCAGAUCCUUGUGGCAACAGCUGAUAACGUCGGUUCCAACCAGCUUCAGAACAUUCGACAUGGUCUUCGAGGAGAUUCUGUUAUCCUAAUGGGAAAAAACACUAUGAUGAAACGAUCUGUCAGGAUGCACUCUGAGAAGACUGGAAACAAGGCUUUUCUGAACCUCAUUCCUCUCCUUGUUUCCGAGCGUCCGUUUAGAGGAUACAACUAUCUAAUUCGCGUUCUUGCACGAGAACAUGAAUCUGGCGAGAUUCCUAUGUGUUCAUGGAUCGUAUAUGGUGGGGAAAACCGGGAAGGAAUCAAGCAAUACUGGAUAUUAUGA